AUGGACAAAAGACCUGAACAUGAUGCCAAUGCAUCACUAUUGCCUUCUACUGGAAUUGGAUCCAGGUUCUCCAAUUUGAACAAGUCUUUCAAAUAUUCUCUCAGAUCUUUGCUGACUUCGUGUUCAAAGGAGGAAUUUUAUAAAGCAUUUUCAAGUUUCUCUAACACGGAAAAGGAGUUUCUCCAUCGCCUUUUUCUUCAGGUCAUUACCUCGUUACAUGAAAACCUAGAGGAAGGGUUUGAGACAGUCUGUCUUCAAACACAGGCAGGAGCCACUCUUGAUGCUGUGGAAGAAAUUGUGGAAGAACAAGAUCUGGAUAUCCUGUUUUCAGAUAGGAGUAACAUAACUGAUGUUGCUGAGAAUCUGUCAAUGGCAAAGAAGAAAGAAAUUCAACAUUUAACGCAUAUGGUUCAAUUGGGAGAGGAACAUAAUCAAGUGUUGCGCAACCGACUGCAAAUCCUUAAGGAAGACAAUCAAGUAUUGUCUGGUGCUUCACAAGCUGUGGAGAAGGUGAAAUCCCUGAAUUUCCCUCAAAUCAUCCAUUAG